AUUAUAGAAAUUUGUUAAUUUCAUUUGAAAGUGAAAUAAAACAGAAAUAAUUAUAUUGCUCCAGAGACUAAAAAAUAACUAUUGUCUUACAUUUCGUACAUUUGAAUUCUCAUCUCUCACCUGUGUUUAUUUCUAUUCAUACAAGUUGAUAAAACAAGCUUUUUUUUCAUAGAUAUAUUACCACCUUACAUUAUAAAGUUACCACAUAUAUUACGUAUAUAUAAUAUAUUACCACAUAUAUUAUAUUUUAAUGAACUCACAGGUUUUCUGCUGUUAACAUCCAAAAGGAGAAAACGUCGGAGAAAAGCUUUUAUCAACUCAACUAAAUUCCCUUCAUAGUUUGUCAUUAUUAGCAUGUUAUUAUGUAAGAUCACAAGAUGUGAGGCUUCUGUUGACACUUGUCUGAUUAAUUUUCUGAUUUUAUCUUCAACACUUAAAUUAUGUUCUUAACAAAACUAAAAUACAACUUGUCUUGUCUUUGAACAAAGUCUUUUUAUAACCAGAGACUGAAAUGUAAACUUUAAAUCUAAUUUACAAUUAAAUAUUGAUUGAAAGAUGCAGAGUGUACUAGUGCUGUUGCUACAUGCAUUGUUGCUGAAUACCUGGACUUUUUAAAAAAUUUAUUCGUUUUAUCAAUAAGAUACUUAAUGAAGCACUUAUUAGUAAUAAAGCUAUAGUACUGCUAUGGUAUUUUUCUACUAUAACAAAAAUAAUAAAUAAAUCAUUUGCAUUUUUAAUAAACAUGGUUGUUUUAAGUGUUUUGUUUCACCAGAUUUGCCUGAGAACAGACUUGUUUUAUGUAACGUCAGAGCCUACAGUCAUACCUUUUCAGGUACGAUUAUAUAAUGACUGUGAGAAUGCCACAGAGUGCUCUUUUCUUUCCAUCCAGGUUCACACAGACAGCAGUCUUUGUGACGAAUAGGUGAAAAACAGGUGUAAUCAGAGUGACUCACACAGUGAACGCCUGCCACUCCCUUGGCACAGUCAGAGACUGCAGAGCAAACAGCAUGGACUGACUGAUCUCUGUGCUGAAGCUUUUCGAUACAACUUCAACAACACUGAGGUCAGACACCUGCCAAAACACCUGCUCAAUGGACCCUGAGGUUUAGUCAAAGGGGAUUUUUCACUGGAACUCUGACAGAAACACGAGAAUCAUGCCAUCACACCGCAGGGGAAGGAGUUUGUCUGAUGCCUUGACUCUGGAACGAUCAGCCGAGGGAGGGCUCAUCGUAUCCAGCAUCAGCAGCAAUGCCUCAGCUAAUCAGGGACUGAGGGAAGGGGAUGAAAUUUUGGGGGCAACAAUCAAUUUUGAUCACCUAUCAAAAGAGGAGGUGUUAAAUGUACUUAAGCUGAUGGAACCAUUUGAUGACAGGAUGAAAGUUCUCACGAGGAAAAACCUGAGCAAGAGUGUUGGAAAUUUGGACCAGUGUGCCAAGAGCCCUGAGAUGAUGCUUCAGGAUUCCUACAGCAAACUCUACAAUGCCAAAAUCAAGAAGUUUAUGAGAGGUGACUUGCCUGGUGCCGAAGAGAGAAGUGUAAACGGGGCUGUUACCGCCAAUCCAACUGUGCCAGGCUCACCCAAGGUCAACCUAAAACACGACAUGGGAUUGCCUCGCCUAGGAGUUGACUUUGGACUUCUGAAAACAAAAACUUUGAGCACAGAUGAUAAUGCUGAUCCACAAUCUGAUGUUGCUGGAAAAUUAACAUAUGACAGCAAUCUGAACCUUCCACCGUUGGGUCUCAGUUUGAAUCGGGCUGCCAUAAGUGGAGCUCAGGUACCAAGAUUGAAAGUCAAUGCACAGCCUGUCACUCCAGGCAUCCAUCUGUCCGGGACAUUACCUGAGGGUCCAAAUGUCAACACUACAGCUGGUAUGCAACUGCCAAACUGUGACAGUCCCUCGGUUGACUUGACAAUGCCAAAUCUUGAAGGACCUCAAAUUGGGCUUGAUAGCAAUGGAACUUUAAGUGCUCCUGAGGUAGGCAUGGACUUAAAAGGUACAGAUGCUAGAACACCUGACAUGGGAACAAAUCUGAAUGGGAGAAAUAUCACUGGACCAUCCUUUGACACUGGUGUUCCCAAAGUGGCUAUUGACGGAAUAAAAAAAGAUUUCGAAAUGCCAAAAUUCAAUCUGCCAAACCUGGGCCUCUCUGAACCUUCUUUUAGUGGUCCAGAAUGUGAGGUCAUGAUACCAGAUGUAGGAACCACAGAUGUUCCCUCAGGUAAACUCAGUCUCAAGCAUUCCAAGAGACUGAAAAACCCUGAUCUUAAUGUGGACGAUCCUUUCAGUUAUGCAAAAUCGCCCAAGCCCAGGCUUUCUGGGCCUGACCUAGACCAAGAAAUGCCAGGUGUUGAUAUAUCACAAGUUAAUCUAAAUGUGCCAGUCAUUAACAUGCCUUCAGGGGAAGUCAAAGUGACACUUAAGAAAUCAAAAGCUGAUUUUAAAUCCCCAGAUUUAGAUCUAGAUGCCCCAUCUGGUAAAUUCACCAUGCCCAAAUUUGGGGUCUCAGAACAAAAUGAAGCUUUUGUUAAAACACCUGACCUAAGUCUCAAAACACCAAAGAUAAGAAGUGCACCUAAUGCAAAUCUACCCAAAGCUGACAUAAAGGGACCUAAAUUAACCACUGACAGUCCAUCAGUUGACAUUAAAGGUCCAACUGGAAAAUACAAGCCUCCUAAGUUCACAAUGCCCAAAUUUGAUUUACCAGACAUUCAACUUCCAGGAUUUAAUGGCGAUUUAAUAGGAGCAGAUAUAAGGUUGAGAGCACCAGAUAUCAAAGCUGGAAUUGCAGACCCAAAUGUUGACUUAGAUAUUGCACACCCAUCUGGAAAGCUAAAAAUGCCAGGCUUUGGAUUAUCUGGGCCUAAAGUUAAAGGCCCUGAAUAUGAGUUAAAAACUCCAGAUAUGGAUAUAUCUGCUCCCAAGUUUAAAGGGGGCAUCAAUUUGCCUGGUGAUGAUCUCAAAGACCCAAAGCUAGACCUUAGUAAACCUGAUAUGGAUAUUAAUAUGCCUUCUGGUAAACUGGACAUAAAUACAGAAGCUUCCUCUGGCAAGCUUAAGCUGCCAAAAUUUAAGCUCUUUGGCACAUUACCAAAGAAGAAAGAUGUGGAUAUCAAUGCAGGGAUGAAAACACCUGAACUAACUCUGAAAUCCCCAAAGAUAACAACUGGCAUGGAUGCUCCUGAUGUGAGUGUACCAAAUGUGGAUCUCAAAGCUCCAAAAUUAGACCUCCAUUCUCCAGAUGUAAACAUUGGUUCAGCCAAAGGAAAAUUUAAAAUGCCAAAACUGAAAAUACCCAGCUUUGAUGUGUCAGGUUCAAAGGAAGCAAACAUUGACAUUGACGGGUCUAUUAACAGACCAGACCUGCCAUCAGGUGGUCUUGAUGUGGAUUUGUCUAAGCCAAAGUUUGACAUUGAUGCACCAUCACUUGAUCUCAAAGGCCCAAGGUCAAAGCUGAAAAUGCCUGAUGCUGAUAUUGGACUAUCAGGACCAAAGAUGAAAGGGUUUGAUGGUGAGGUAAAGACUCCAGACUUUGACAUUAAAGAACCCAAACUAGAUCUUUCUGGCCCACAUGUUGACUUAGAUAUGUCCUCAGGUAAAUUCAAAGCACCAGCAAUAAAGAAACCAAAUUUGGACCUGAACACAGAUAUUAAGUCACCAGACUUGAGUCUGAAAGCUCCAAAGAUAAAUGGUGGAAUUGAUGCUCCUGACUUGGACUUACCAAACAUGGACCUUAAAGCUCCAAAUGUCAACAUUGGUUCGCCGAAAGCAAAAUUAAAAAUGCCCAAAUUAAACAUGCCUAAAUUUGGUCUUCCAAACCUAAAAGGACCUGAGAUCGAUGGCAGUUUUGAUGGUCCAGACAUGGAUACUGAUGUACCCAAUAUCGACCUUAAAGGUCCUAAAGCUGAUUUAGAAAUGCCAGAUGUUGAUAUUGCUGGCCCAUCAGGAAAAUUCAAAAAGCCAAACUUUAACCUGCCUGAUUUUGGCCUUUCUGGUCCAAAGGUAGAUGGCCCUAACCUGGGCCUAAAGUCACCUGACCUAGAUAUCUCUGGUCCUAACCUCACAGGCAGCAUAAAUGCACCAGACAUAAAUAUGCCCAAGGUUGAUCUCAAAAGCCCCAAGCUGGACAUCAAUACCCCAAAGCUCAACUUAGACAUGCCAUCAGGUAAACUGAAAAUGCCAGAGCUUAAUGCUCCAGACUGGGAUGUUAAUGCUCCCUCAGGCAAACUAAAAAUGCCUAAGUUCAGUCUUUCAGGUACAUUACCAAAAGGACCAAAUUUGGACCUGAAUGCAGAUUUUAAUACCCCAGAUGUGAAUCUGAAAGCACCAAAGAUAAAGGGUGGAAUUGAUGCUCCUGAAUUGGACUUACCAAACAUGGACCUUAAAGCUCCCAAGUUAGAUGUGAACACUCCAGAUGUCAACAUUGGUUCACCCAAGGCAAAAUUUAAAAUGCCCAAAUUUAGGUUGCCCAAAUUUAGUCUUCCAACCCUAAAAGGACCUGAGAUUGAUGGAAACUUAGAUGGCCCAGAUGUUGAUGUAAAUGUACCCAAUGUUAAUCUUAAAGGUCCUAAAGCUGAUUUAGAAAUGCCAGAUGUUGAUAUUUCUGGUCCAUCUGGAAAAUUCAAAAAGCCAAACUUCAACCUGCCUAAUUUUGGCCUUUCUGGUCCAAAGUUAGAUGGCCCUAACUUGGACCUAAUAUCACCAGACCUAGAUAUCUCUGGUCCUAAUCUCAGUGGUGGUAUUAAUGCACCAGAAAUAAAUAUGCCCAAGGUUGAUCGCAAAAGCCCCAAGCUGGACAUUAAUACCCCAAAGCUCAACUUAGACAUGCCAUCAGGUAAACUGAAAAUGCCAGAGCUUAAUGCUCCAGACUGGAAUGUUAAUGCUCCCUCAGGCAAAUUAAAAAGGCCUAAGUUGAAUCUUUCAGGUACAUUACCAAAAGGACCAAAUUUGGACCUGAACGCAGAUCUUAAAUCACCAGAUUUGAAUCUGAAAGCACCAAAGAUAAAGGGUGGAAUUGAUACUCCUGAACUGGAUUUACCAAACGUGGACCUUAAAGCCCCCAAGUUAGAUGUGAACACUCCUGAUGUUAACAUUGGUUCACCCAAAGCAAAGCUGAAACUGCCCAAAUUAAAAAUGCCUAAAUUUAAUGUGCCAGCCCUAAAAGGACCUGAAAUUGAUGCAAACCUCAAUGGCCCAGAUGUAGAUUUAAAUGCACCCACUGUCAACCUGAAAGGUCCUAAAGCUGACUUAGAUGUUGAUAUUUCUGGUCCAUCUGGAAAAUUCAAAAAGCCAAACUUCAACCUGCCUGAUUUUGGCUUUUCUGGUCCAAAGUUAGAUGGCCCUAACUUGGACAUCAAAUCACCUGACCUAGAUAUCGCUGGUCCUAACCUCAGUGGUGGAAUAAAGGCACCAGACAUAAACUUGCCAAAGGUUGACCUUAAAACCCCCAAGAUGGACACCCCAAAGCUCAACUUAGACAUGCCAUCAGGCAAACUGAAAAUGCCAACCCUGGCAAAACCAAAAAUAAAGGGUGGAAUUGAUCCUCCUGACUUGGACCUUAAAGCUCCCAAGUUAGAUGUGAACACCCCAGAUGUCACCUUUGGCUCACCCAAAGCAAAGAUAAAAAUGCCAAGAUUAAAGAUAAAAAGACCUGACAUUGACGGCGAUUUCGAUGCCCCAGACAUCGACAUCGAUACACCAAAUGUUAACCUCAAAGGGUCCAAACCUGGCUUUGAAAUGCCAGAUGUUGGUUUUGGCACCCCGUCGGGAAAACUUAAAAAGCCAGAUUUAAAAAUGCCUGAUGUGGGAUUUUCUAGUCCAAACUUUGAUUUCAAUGCACCAGAUCUUAAUGCCAAAUUACCAAAAGGACCAAGUUUGAACAUGAAUUCAGGUAAUAUCAAAGCUCCAAAGAUGAAAAGUGGAAUUGAUGCCCCUAAGAUAGGCUUACCAAACAUGGACCUUAAAGCACCCAAGUUAGAUAUGAAGACUCCAGAUCUAAAUAUUGAUUUCCCUGAUGCAAAUUUUAAAAAGCCAAAGAUGCCGAAAGGCCCCAAUCUUGACAUAAAUGGCGACCUACAGGGGCCAGACCUGAAUAUUCCAAAUGUAGAUGUGAAUGGUCCAAAAGGAAAAUUAAAAAUGUCAAGUUUAAAUGCACCAGACCUCAAUAUCUCUGGGCCUAAGACAAAAACAUCAGACAUAGAAAUAAGAGGUCCAGACUUCGACAUGAAUGUUCCCUCAGGACACAUACAUGGUCCUCAGACGGAUUUUGAUUUGGCAGACAAAAGAUUCAAACUCCCUUCUUUCAAGAUGCCUCAAUUUCGAGUCCCAGAUCUUAAUGGGGCAGGAUCUGAUAUUGAUUUUGGCGCCUCUCUGAGACCAACAAAUCUGGAUAUUUCUCCUCCAAAUGCAAAAUUAAACAUGAAACCACAAGGGUUGAAGGGGGAUAUCACAGGUCCAAAUGUCAGUGCUCCAAACAUGCAUUUCAACAUGCCAAAAAUGGAAAUGCGGAAUCCAGAUUUUAACAUUGAUGAUCCUUCACUAAAUUUCAAUGGGCCUUCUUAUAAGAAUCGCAGAUCAGAUACCACAGGGAUAAACAUGAGAAUGCCUGUCCUGGAUGUAGAUGGUGAUGUCAGAUUUAAUCACACUAAUGUAAAGUCACCUAGGACCAAAGUAAGGUCCAGCUACCCUCUGGGGGAUGCUCAUUUAGGCCAACAUAUUGAUUUCAACCGUUCAGAUCUCAACAUUGAUGAUUUUACAGGAAAGGAUCAUGUUCUUAGAGCUAGAGGUUCGAAAAGGGACCUCAAAGCAUCACAUAGCUACAGACACAUGAUGUCCCCUCCAGGUGUUAACAGUGACAUGAGGGAUGCCAGACAAUUUACUUCUGGUGACAUGGACAUAUAUGCAAAGCCUCACAAAGCAAUGCAGCCAAUACCUAAUGCACGGUUACCACAAGAUUCAAGAAAGAGAGUACCUCAAAGUAUGGAAGGAUACUAUGUCACAGAUUUUUCCACUCAACCACAAAAUCAAAAAAUGCUAAACCGCACAAAUAACACACUUGGGCCGCCUGACUUUUAUCCAAGAAACGUGGAACUUGAAGUUCCAGAUGGUAGUGACCUAAAAGGGUCAACAUUCUUUUUCUCCAACCUCAUGUAGGUUUCCACCAAAUGUUUCUUUUAGUGAGCUUUGUAUAUUGGGUUUAUUUAUUUAACUUAAGCUGUUUUUUGUUAUUGUAUAUGAUUCAUGCUCAUGCUCUGCCUCAUUUAAGUUUUUGGUAUAUAAAACCAACCUUGUUGCUUUGUAAUGAUCCAGCCUACAUUAAAAUGCAGCAUUCUUGCACUUGUUUUAUAUGUAAAGUGAAACCUUUUCAGAAUAUUUUGUACUAUGUUUGUACUAUACAAUACUUGUUUUAAAAGUGGGUGUCCUUUCUAUGUACCACAAAGUUACAUUAUGGCAUCCAUGAUGCACUGAUAUGCAUUUUCAACUGAAUGUUAACAUAUCCAAUGUUGUGAAGUUGUGAGUAUGUUGUAUUAUACUGUGUAUCUAUACUAUUGAACUGCAUACUUUAUUUUAUAUUCAUUGGGGUUGUAUGUAAUUGAGUUUAUAGAUUUUUCACAAAAUGUUUGCUUCAACAUGUUUAAACAAUAAUAUUAUAAAUCAUAAUGAAGUUAUUUAAGAUUACUAUAUAUACUACACUGCAUGAAAUACCUUAGUCCAGUUUGAAUGUGACCAUAAAACCAUUAGAAUUCAAAUUUAUUAUGUUUUACAAAAUAAAAAAAUAUAAAAAUAUACACAAUAUAUU